AUGUCGAAUUCCACGCCAGACUUCCUGCGCUUCACAGGCCAUAGAGCCUUUGCUCAGCGACUCACGAUAGCAACAUUGACGGGCAGGCCCGUCCACAUUUCCAAGAUCCGAAGCUCCUCGCCGACGAACCCUGGCCUCGCCCCUCAUGAAAUAUCCUUCCUGCGCCUGCUCGAGACCGUCACGAACGGCAGCUCGAUGCAGAUCUCAUAUACCGGGACAACGAUUACCUACCACCCGGGUCUAAUCACAGGAACAAUUGCCGGGCAGGGCGCUGUAGAGGGCGACGUCGUCGAGCACAGCCUUCCAGCCACCUGCACCAGAGGAGUCACCUACUACCUUCUGCCUCUCUGUCUGCUGGCACCAUUCUCAAAAGCACACAUGAAUGUCCGUUUUACCGGGCCUGGAGUGAUUACGUCUUCCACCCAGACGGGGGAUCCCUCCGUCGAUACUUUCCGCACAGCCAUCCUACCACUUUUCGGACUCUUUGGAAUCCCUCCUGCCCGAAUUGAGUUGAGAGUGUUGCAGAGAUCAUGUGCCGGACCUGGAGGCCGCGGCGGCGGAGGCACAGUCGAACUGCGGUUCGCAAGCCAAGUUCGUCUGCCCAAGACGCUGCACCUAAAUCGUAACCCGGGCCGGAUAAGGAGGAUAAGAGGCGUCGCAUACUCAACUGGCGUGUCUGCUUCCAACAACGCACGGAUGAUCCACUCAGCGCGUGAGGUUCUUAACCCUCUGGUGUCCGAUAUCCACAUCGCAGCCCAGUACGACCAGGCCCCUCUGGUGGAUUCUCCCGGUGAGAAGGUCGGGCACAAGAGACGCUUGGGUAUCGGUUUUGGUCUGAGCUUGGUGGCCGAGUCAAGCUCAGUUGGAGUUUUGUAUUCGGCAGAUAUGGUUGUGCCGCCUUCCGGAGGCGAGGUGCCUGAAGAUAUCGGCAAGAACUGCGCAUAUCAAUUGCUCGAGACGAUUGCCAAGGGAGGUUGCGUCAGCCCAGUUGCUGCAACAUCAGUUCUGACCCUGAUGGCCAUGGGAUCCGAAGACGUUGGGCGGUUGAGAGUAGGCAGGGAUAUUAUUGGCUCAGAAGAAUUGAUAGGUCUUGCCAGGGACCUGCGGACUUUUGGUGCGAGCAGUUGGGGACUAAGGGAUGUGACAGAGGACGAAUCUGGAGAUAUAAUUGUUUCAGUCAAGGGCACAGGUGUUGGAAACGUAGGUCGCAAGAUGGCAUAA